CUCGAAACAAUAUUAUUACGUAAAACGAUAAAUUAUUGUAAACAUCAACAUAACAAUAUAUACCUAUCUCUAGCUAAUAGUUCAUUACUAUUUAUUUUUUAAAGUAGGUUAUUCCACAACAUCCGUAGUGUUGUGCCUAUCACAGGAUAAACAAUGAGCAAUUACUGAUUACUCCGUGACGUUUCGACAACAUAAUAUUUUAUAAUAACCACCUUUUCGAUUCCAAAAUACUGUAAACGGCCUUUGAGUAAGCAUAAUAAUAUUGUCGCACGAUAAUAGAUUCCUGUGGUUAACAGUUUGAUAUUAUUACUCAGUCCGUGACAGACACUGCGCCGAGCAUAAUAAUAUCUCAAUAUUCAGCCAUGAGCCAAGCCGUCGAAGCCAAACAAGCGGAUCGUCUGAAGAAACUCAGAGACCUCCACAUCAAAAGAAAUGAAGCCAGAGUGAACAACCAUCAAGAAGUUGUUGAAGAAGACAAACAAAUGAAGUUGCCGUCAAACUGGGAAGCGAGACAGAGGAAAGCAGAAUGGCUUUUAAAUGACGAUAAACUGAGACAAGAGGCUAAAGAAAAAGGACAAGAUUACAACCGUUUAAAACUUUUAAACAUGACCGCAAUGGAAGCAGAUGCCAUUGACAGGAAGAAAAAACGUCAAAAUCCUGAUCCCGGGUUCUCGGAUUACGAAGAAGCUACCGCUCGCCAAUACAACAGAAUGAUAUCCAACAUGAAAGUAGACAUGGGCGCAUAUCAAAGACAAAAAGAUAGACUGGGCAACGCAUUCUAUGCGGAGGCCAACACUUAUUUGCACGAUAAAGUCAAAGAUUCUAAAGAAGGAAUUGACAAUAUGGUCGAUGAUUUGGAAAAGCAGAUUGCAAAACGUAACAAGUUCAGUAGGAGGAGAACGCAUAAUGACGAAGCAGAUAUUGAUUAUAUCAAUGAGAGAAACAUGAAAUUCAAUGCAAAAUUGGAACGGUACUAUGGAGAGCAUACCACACAAAUCAAACAAAAUUUGGAAAGAGGAACUGCUAUUUAAAUUUAAUACAACAACCUUUUAACUAUAUGAAUAUAUAUAUAAAAUAUAAGUUUUUUUUAUUAUAUAUAUUGAUUAAUAACUUAGUACAACUUAGUUAUAUUAAAAACUAAUUCAACAAUUUAUUGCAUCAACCCAUGUUCCAAGUCUUUUUGUGUAC